UUAAAGUACUUACUGGUUGGCAUUUUUAAGCAUCGAUCUUUAUCAACAAUGAGCUGCGACUUGAAGGACGAUCUCAGGCGCUUUCUGCACUGGGGACCCAUCACUCUUUUGAGUCUGACCCUGAUCGUGACCUGGACUGUGAUCGAUAUGAACUCGAUGUGGUGGAACCCGGUCAAGAGUCCAGGAUCCUUGAUAAACUACGGCCUGAUCUGGUUUCACACCUUUGGAACCCUCUACUACUUCAUCAAGUCCUUGAUGGUGGGUCCUGGCUUCCUUCCGCUGAGGUGGUAUCCCAAUACUGUUACGGACACGGAGUUCCUGCAGUUCUGUCAUCGAUGCAAUGGGUAUAAGGCCCCUAGAACUCAUCACUGCCGCCGUUGCGAUCGCUGUGUGAUGAAGAUGGACCACCAUUGUCCCUGGAUCAACAACUGUGUGGGCUGGUCCAAUCAGGCCAGCUUCGUAUACUUUCUCCUCUUUUUCCUAUCAGGCAGUAUACAAGGAAGCAUUAUAAUAAUCUGCGGCGUUAUCCAAGGCAUACAAAAACGAUGGUAUAUCAGACAGGGUCUACAUCAUUUGGCCACGGUUCAUUUGACACCCACAAAUCUGAUGGCCUGUGUAUUUUCCAUGGGAGUGAUGACGGGCACAGGAUUGGCCAGUAUUAAGCUGCUCUACAUGCAAAUGAAGGUGAUAUUGAAGAACCAGACUGAAAUUGAGAGCUGGAUUGUUAAGAAGGCGGUAUUUCGUCGCAAUGCAUAUCCUGCUAACCGAAUCAAGGCCUUUGUUUUCCCCUACAAUCUGGGUUGGUCAGCUAACUGGCGCGAGGUUUUCCUAUCCUCUGGAGAUGGUAUUUCGUGGCCAGUUUUACCAGGAUGUGAUCAGUACACCCUCACCCGGGAGCAGUUGGAGCAGAAGAAGGAUAAGCGGGCUCGUACUCGUCUCUACAAAUGCAUUCGUCCUGCCACGGGUCACUGGGUGCCCAUCUUUUCCCAGGGUCUCUGGGUAUCCCUCAAGAUUCCCUGCACCGAUGAUCCUCGCAUUGCCCUACAACCCGGUGAUCUCAUACACGUGACUCGCAUUCAGGACUACUGGCUUUAUGGGGAAAGAGGAAUCUCAGAGGAGGAGAAGGUCAGAGGACGGAAAGGUGGCAUCAGAGGCUGGUUUCCAAGCUGUUGUGCCAUGGAAGUUUUCGAUGAAGAUCCUGAGAACGAAGAGAUGUUACCGUAUAAUAUAGCUGGAGGAGAACCUUAUAACGAAACUGAUAAGACAGAUGAAGAAAAUAUGAAGAACACUAAAGUUCCCAGAGAUUUUCCCAGUCAAGAUGGAAAACCCCAAAAGCGUAUACGUACAAAUUAAAGGGUAUUUUCUCCGGCGACUUUGAUCCUGCAGAGAAAUCCCCAACAAUCCCCGCAAUGAAAUUGCUUUGGUUA